UUCUGUUGUUGUGGUCCAACCAAAUCACACACAGACACACACGAUGGCUGCUGCGCCGCCUCGAACGCCACGAGCCUUCAUCACCUUUCUCUUCAUCCUCACAGGUGGACAGCUGUCGCCCGUUUCCUCUUUUAAAGUGACUGAGGGGGGCGUGGCCUCACUGUCUUGUCAGUACUCCGUGAAGCGCUUCGGUCUGAGUCGUGUCUGCUGGGGUCGAAGCUGUGGGACUUUCUGGUGCAACAACAUCCUGGUGCAGACGGACGAGAAUGGCAUCGUGUCAAAGGUGGAUGAACGGUACCAUUUGACCGGGGACAUCCUGGAUGGGCAGAUGGACCUGGACAUCCUGAGUGUGAGGAGGACGGACAGUGGGCCAUACUGCUGUCGUGUGGACGUGGACGGGCUCUUUAACGACAAGAAAAUGAUCAUGAAUCUGAGGGUGGUCAAAGCUCCAGCCAACAGUCUUCCUCGCCUGACAACGACAGCAGCUAUGACCACAGAAGGGGUCACUGAGAUGGCCCCCACCUCUGUCAAGACAACAACAGUGAACUGGAAGAGCCUGCUGUCCUCUGAACUGGACCUUCUGAGGAGGAACUCCACCUUGUUGCGUUCUGACACUGUAACAGUGGAGGACUCCCAGCCCUCGCUCUCCCUUCAGAUCAGCGCUCCAGUUUUGGCUCUCUCCGUCACGGUCCUCCUUGUUGUUGCUGCAGUGUUUCUCUUUCCAGCCUUCAAACGCGGAGUUUACCGAAGAGCAUUCAAAAGUGUCUGUUUCUCCCCUGAGGAACCAUCUCACAUCAUCUACGAGAUCCGCAUGAGGAGGCCGGUGCAGGAGAACAUCUACACUCUGGACUAGAGCGCCUCCUUCAGGGCGGGAAAGGAGUCCCUUUGUGCUGUUGUUGCUGUAUUUCAUUGUUUGUUUGUUUUUUUUUUUUAAUUUUAUUUUAUUUUUUAUAUAUAUAUUAAAAUGUAUUAAAAGCA